ACAGCCGAGCAUCUAGACUUCCAUAAAAGAGAUAGUUGCAACCUUUCUAAAACAGGCAUAAUCCAUGGAAAGAUGAUGAAUGGUACGGGUGCAAUUCUAAUUUGCAACGGAAAUCCUAAGCUGGAGUGGUACUGUUAUUUGCUGAUUCUGGUUUGCCUUUUCACUUUAUUAGCAGGAUUUCUAGGCAAUAUACUUGCACUACAACAUUAUGUAUACUGUAUGAAGAGAUGGACUACCAAUACCAUAUUUCUCUUUAAUUUGGCACUGUGUGACUUUACUUGGACUCUUAUGGCACCUUUUUCUGUAUAUUACAGUCUCCAGAAUUUAGAUGUCUAUUCCAGUAACACGUUUUAUCAGAUCAUAAGACUGUUUUUUAGUAUUAAUAUCUAUGGAAGUGUCUGUUUCCUGACACUUAUCAGUUUUGACAGGUAUGUAGGUGCUGUCCAUCCUAUCACUUCAUUAACAUGGUGGGACAAAGGAAAGGCCAUGUUUUGUACCAUCGUAAUAUGGACCUUCAUAGUGAUUGCAUCGAUGCCAGAGAUCUUCUGCAUGGUCGCAGCUGGAAGACAAUAUGACAUGGUAGAUCCCUUGGAUGUCACUGAAGGCCUUUUAGAAUUUGCAGUGCCAUUCACAGUCUCCAAGACUGUACUAAGAUUCCUAAUUCCGGUCGUAGUCAUCUUUACGUGCUAUAUGUUGACUCUCAAAGCCCUAUUACAACUCAGUAAACGUCAGCAAAGAAGGAACAGACUUGUUAGACCUCUGUUACUGAUUUCAGCCGCUAUGAUCGUGUUUGCUAUUUCUUUCAUACCUUAUCAUGUUAUGAUGAUGGUGACACUAAUUUACAGAAUUAAUUGUCAACAACCCUGUGCGGACAUGAGCACAUUAAGUGCCAUUUAUAAAGUGACAGAGGUCAUCUGCAGCACCAACAGUUGCCUUGACCCAAUCAUUUUUACUUUAGCAAACAAGACAUUCUAUCAAAGAAUUAAAAGUAUAAAAUGUCAUCCCAAAUGCCAGUGCUGCUGUUGUCCAACAGGAAGGGUAAGUGAUGUCUCUCUGUCCUCAACAACAACAACUUAA